AUGAAACUGAGUUGCAAUGGGUGUCGCAUUCUCCGUAAAGGCUGCAGCGAAGACUGCAUCAUUAGGCCUUGCCUUGAGUGGAUCAACUCUCCUGAGUCCCAAGCCAACGCCACCCUUUUCCUUGCCAAAUUCUAUGGCCGUGCUGGCUUGCUCAACCUCAUCAAUGCUGCACAGCCACACCUUCGCGCAGCUGUGUUCAAGUCACUGAUGUAUGAGGCAUGUGGGAGAAUUGUGAACCCAGCUUAUGGGGCACUGGGUUUGUUCUGGACCGGGGAGUGGGCCCGAUGUCAAACAGCGGUCGAUGCAGUGCUGAAUGGCUCCGAAAUCAUUACCGUGGAACCUUCUGAUUGGGAGGGUAUGAGGACACGUGGCAGUGAGCAUGGUUCUCCUGUUCUUGACAUUCGCCACGUGUCCAAGAGAACAGGGAAUGUGAUUCGGCCCAAGCCGCGAAUCGGCUCAGUUGACUCGGCUGCGCUGUGGAAUCCAGUCUGUGGGGAAGAGCAAAGAGGGCGCGAGAGAUGUAGGAGCCGGGAAACGUACGAGGCCUCUUUGAUUAGGCGAGACAAGCAGAGCCGAAACGGUGUAGCCGAGUUGAAUUUGGAGCUCACUCUUGGCUCAGGCUUUUCAGCCAGCUCAGUGUCGAGCGUUAGAGGAUACGGUCGUGUUUAA